AUGGUGCUGGUGCAAGACGUGUUCCUGCUACUAGCGGCGUGCGUGUCCUGUGCGGGCUGUGGCUUUCUAUUGGCAACGUGGAAGCGCGUGGAAACGCCAACGCACAUUCGACUCCAUAUCGUCACGUCCAUAGGCCUCGCCGGUCUCUUCACUUCCAUCGCGUUCGCCAUGUCCCUCGUGGUCAAUGGCGCUGGACAGCAUUAUCGCCAGCAUGAAGGACUGUGCUAUGUACAGGCAUUCACGCUGCAGUAUUUCUACUUGGCGUCGUACCUCUGGACGGCCUGCUUUGCAUUUAAUCUCUACCAGAUCAUUGUCAUGAGGAACGAGUACCCAGAAGAGUUUUUGUGGAGAUAUCGUGCUGUUGGGUGGGGUCUGCCUGGCUUAGUGGUGGUUUAUCUAGUGCUCCGCCAAUUGACGGGACAUAUCGGAGUCGGUGGAGCUGAUCGUCGAUGGUGUUGGAUCGCGGUCCACUCGACGCUUGAAGAAGCGGGAGAAGACCCGUUUCUCUGGCGACGUGAAGGAGCUCUGCAGCAGCUCGUGCUGUUCUACGUACCUAUCGUGGGUGUAAUUGUCUUCAACGUAGGGAUCUACCACAAGAUUCUCAAGUUCUUGCACAUGGAUCCGAUGGCGCCACACUUUCGUGAGAAAGUAAAGCUGUAUCUGGGAACGUUGUUUCUGUGCUCGAUUUGGGGUGUGACGAACCGACUAGUGCAAUUUUUCCGCGGAGACCAUACGCCGAACGAGUUCCUGACUGUGAUGGAAAGCGUGUGCGACCCCCUGCUGCCGUUGCUGAACGCUGUGUCGUACGCCAUGAACAAGAACUCGGUGGAGGCGUACAAAGAUCAGUUUUGCUCUUGGUGGACGCACUCAUCGGUGUUGUCUUCCGACGAAGAAGAGCCUUCCCGGAUGGAUGACUCACCUUUACUUCCACACGUUGUCGAUGCGAUUGCCGACUCCUCUGUGGACCCUCUCGACCGCGAGUUUGGACGCUACUUUCAGCCACGCAGUGAAGCACGCAAGCAGGACCGAAAACGAAGUGUGAGCCGAUGA